AUGGCAUACAGCUUUGUUGGAUUGGCGUUCGCACUGCCUGAUAAGGAGCACACCUAUCAGUGGAACCGCAACAAUCUCGAAGCAACAAUCGACGGAAUCGCAAUCAUCUUGAGACAACAAUUGCAAAAUCUGUUUAUCAUGGAUGGCUGCCUUUUCAGAAAGACUCCGGAUAGGGUCUAUCUUUGUUUCAUUGUUUUACUGGUAAAAAUAUCUGGGGGAGAAACUCUCAGCUUUUCUGAUUUACCUGCAACAGGCAAUAUUACAGAAAAUUCACCUUCUGGUACAGUGGUACAUACUUUCCGGGUCAACCUAACGCCCCAUCUGUUGCCAACCAUUACAAUACCGUUUGAGUAUCCCUUAAUCAUCAAUUCAAAUCCACUCACCAAAGCCUUCCGGAUCAACCCCGUAUCUCCACUCCAGUACCAGGUGGUUGCUACAGGAGACCCUGUUCUAGAUUAUGAAACGAUGCCACACGCGUUUGAUCUGCAGAUCCUUGUGGCUGAUUCCGCUGGCGCCAUGGAACUACAGAUUCUGACCGUCCAAGUGAGCGACAUCAAUGAGCCGCCAGCGUUUCAAGGCAACUUGGCAAAUCGAACUGUCAUAAUCUACAUCUUGGAAAAUGCACCACCAGGAGAUAUUUAUCAAAUUCAUGCGGGAGAUCCUGAAACGACUCCCCCUAAAAAUGUUGAGUUUUCCCUGAGUUCGGAUUCCGCAUUCUUUGCAAUUUCUACAACUGGAACCAUUUCUGCUCUGAAGUCAUUUGAUUUUGAGAAAGAUCUACCGAGCUAUACAUUAAAUGUUACCAUAACAGACAGCAUUGGUGUUAGCGUUAAGAGGACCCUAAUAGUCAAUAUCAUAAAUCUGAAUGAUGAAGCUCCUUACUUCAUCACGAAAGAGAAAGUUUUCAAGGUUCGUGAAGAGGCACCAGCAGGAAUGUUUAUAGCCAAUAUAACAGCCAAGGAUCCCGACGGCAAAGAUUUUAUUCAUAGCCUUCGCUAUAGCAUGGGAGUCCCUGAAGCCAUCCCUAAAUUCUCCAUCAAUCCAAUGACAGGUACGGUCUUGGUGGCCGGCCGGCUAAACCGUGAUGCUGCUCUUCUCAGAACCCAUCCCAAUACUUCUUUGACCAUUCGUGUUGAGGAUAGGUUUAGGGUUAGCCCUGCCCGUGAAAGGACCGCUGAAAUUGAAAUUUUCGUAUUGAUUGAAGAUAUCAAUGACCUUCCACCCGAAUGCACGGAAUACAAUCACAGGGUGGUCAUUCCUGAAACGGUUUCCCCUGGAUUUAAAAUGAUCAAUUUAAAGAUUUUUUGCAAAGAUGAAGAUGCUGAAUCUCCGCACAAUUUGUUUAACUUCACUGAACUAUCUGGAGUUGGAAGUAAUAAAUUUACCCAGGAUCCUCCUCACUCCGGAAGCAUUAAGCUUUUAGGAAAUGUAGAUUUGGAAAAUACAACAGACGGAAGCGUGCAGAGACAAUAUAUUCUGAAUACCGUCAUCCAGGAUGUUUCUGACCCUUCCUUUUCUGAACUAAUCUACAUUUAUAUCAAAAUUCAACCGGUGAAUGAGUUUGAUCCAGUCUUCGAUAGUUCUUUGUACGUUUUUAAUAUAUCUGAAAUACUACCAUCAAGCUCCCUUAUCGGAACAGUGCUCGCUACUGACAAAGAUUUGCCUCCCACCGGAAUUUCAUACUCCAUUUUGUCUGGAGAGAGUGGCAGGGGUGUCACAGACCUAUUUGUAAUCGAUUCCCAGUUGGGCGUUUUGAAGAACACAAAGCAAUUAGACUAUGAAACACAACGAGUACACACUCUUGCAGUGCAAGCUUCUGACAACGAUGGCAGGAUUGGAAAUACCUCCGUAAUAAUAAACGUUCUUGAAGCAAAUGAUGAGCCACCUAUAUGCGCCCCUGAUGGACAGUUGCUGGAUGUGCCAAUGGAUCUAAGUUUGGGCAUUAUUAAUAGUUUCAGUAUUACCUGCGUGGACCGGGAUUCAAGUCCAAAGUCAUUCCGAUAUACUAUCACGUCAGGUAACGUCAAUAACCAUUUUGACUUCUCACCCAUGGCUGGUUCUAAUAUCUCAAGCUUAGUCCUGAUCAACCCAUUCGAUUAUAUGUCCGGAAUAGACAAAAUUUGGGAAUACCGGCUGUUGGUUUCCGUAACCGAUGAUAAUCUGUUAUCAAGUUUUGAAAGAACUUCAGUCCAUGUUCAAAAAGGCACCGUAAAGUUAACCAUCCGAGUUAUUCCAGAUCCAACCACCGUGAUUCCUACGACCCCUGCUGUGACCGUUGUGACCAGCAAAGAAAAUGUUUAUGCUCUAUCAUCUUGGUAUGUGCCAUUUUUCACACUCCUUGGCAGUUUAUUGUUGCUGGGGUUGCUCGGAUAUCUAACCAUUUUGCUGGCAAAAUACCUCCGUUCCUGCUGCCCACCAAAACCCAAAGCGGACACAAAACCAUUGUUGGACAUGCCAGAAAAGAAGAAAGCAAAGAAAGAAAUAAUAUGGGAAAUGACCAACUUAAAUCCUGUUUUUGACGGGGAAGCAAUAGACCCAGUCACUGGCAAAGUGUAUGAAUACAAUUCAAAAUCCGGGGCGCGAAGAUGGAAAGAUCCCAAUGCACUUUCCAAGACUGAAGUGAAGGGUUCUGUUGCACAAGUAACAACUCCUCCCAAGAGUGGUGAAGCCAGUCUGUCCAAAGCAGAGGCUACCACUAGUGAUGGUGAGAGGAAUCUCAAACAGAAGCCGAGAUCUCCAAAAAGUGGUGAAAAGGACCUACCCAAAGCAGAAGCUGAGUCUGGUGGUAAUCAAGGAGAUCUUAAGCAGACGAAAUCUCCAAAGAAUAACCAAACAGGUGACCUAUUCCAAAUGGAAGAUGAAACCAGAAGAUCAAAUCACCUAGAACCAACAGCCAAAUUGCAGAAGGCAAACGAGGAACAUCCGAGCAACCGAUCACCUUCACCCACUCCCCCACGUAGAUCUCCCAUCCCCUCUCCCAAAAUAUACCCCAAAUAUCAAAAUCAGUCUUAAAGGCAUGUGUAAUCUGUCUGUAGCCCAGAAGACGUAACAGCUAGUCUGGAUGCCUCUUAAUGACCAAAUCAGGAAACCAACUCUAUAGGAAGAUUAAGGUAAAGGUAAAGGUUCCCCUCGCACAUACAUGCUAGUCAUUGACGACUCUAGGGGGCGCUGCUCAUCUCCGUUUCAAAGCUGAAGAGCCAGCACUGUCCGAAGACGUCUCCGUGGUCAUGUGGCCGGCAUGACUCAACGCCAAAGGCGCACAGAACACUGUUACCUUCCCACCAAAGGUGGUCCCUAUUUUUCUACUUGCAUUUUUAACAUGCUUUCAAAACUGCUAGGUUGGCAGAAACUGGGACAAGUCACGGGAGCUCACCCCGUUACACGGCAGCACUACGGAUUCGAACCGCUGAGCUGCCGACCUUUUGAUCGACAAGCUCAACACCCUAGCCCCUGAGCCACCGCGUCCCUACGUAGGAAGAUUAGUAGUAGUUUUAACUGUUUAGUUGUGUCCGACUCUUGAGUGGUGCGGUGGCCUAGAGGUGGAGCUCUAGCCUCACAAUCAGGAGACUGUGAGUUCGAUCCUAGGUAGAGGCAGAUAUUUCUCUUUCUCGGCACACUGAGAAUAUAUCUGCUGAAUCUAACUCCGCAUUGGCAACAGGAAGGGCAUCCGGCCAGUAAACACUCAGCUCCAUUCGGUUGCCCAGACUCCACCCUGCAAAGGAGUAUGGGGUCGUUGUAGGUAAGUGCUUUCCAUGCUACUCUGCCAAGCACAGCUUCUUUCAGUUGUUCAUCUUUGAUUUGAUGUUAUCAAGCCAGUGUGUUCAUUGCUUACGUCUUUUCUUUUUGAUUGCCUUCUCCAAUGAAUUUGCAUGCAAGGCACUUCUAAAGCGAAUCAGACGUAGGCGUACAAUUUUAGCUUCUAGUGACGGGUCUGGUUUUAUACAAUUUAACACCUCUGUGUUAGUUACUCCGAAGCAACGGAAUUCAAGAGGGAUUGGACUUGUGGGAUCAUUUGUGGCAACAUAUGGACUCUGAGCUGAUGACACAUUUAAUUCCAUCUCCCAGCUCUGCCUGCUCUUCUACGAAAAUUGUUCUGUUGUUGUCCUUGGUUUCCUGUGAACCGAACAGCUGAAAUUUCUAAAGGUGUGACAUUCUCACAAAAUAAAGUACUGCUGGCCUAGCAAUCCAUAUUGUUAUCGUCAUCUCCUUCAACGUGGAUUUGAAAUGGCCACUCAGGUGGAACCAUCCCCUCUCCCCCGCCCUGCUGGUCCACAAAGCCAGGAAGGUUGGGGCGGGAAACUCCCACAUUAGUUCAUUACUGAAUUAUUUGUAUAGCCACUAUACACCACUGGAUGGGUAUAGCACGCAGAGUCAGUCCAAUUGUGUAACAUUCUCCCCUUGAUUA